UUUCUUUUUUGUUUUAUUUAUUUAUUUUUUUUUGGAAAUGGGUAAGAAGUUGCCCCCAACAGAGGAAGCAGGGGCAAUGAAUACCCGAGCAAGGCUGGGAUCCAGCAGGCGAGCAGUGAGCCAGAAAGCUGUAGUUGGUGCAGAAAAGAAAAUGGCUGCUACUGUAAAGAAAGUGAACAAGAAAGGGAAAGUUUUGCCAAAGGAGGAGGAGGUGGAAGAGGUGUCUGUGGAGAGUGAGGAGGAGGAAAAGCUGGAUGAGGUCCCUGAGUCAAGUCUGUCUGGGUUUGCGGCAUCUGAGCCCCCUGUGCAACAUGUUGCGGAACUACAAGUCUCUACAUCUGGAGCUUCAGCAAAGGUUGGUGAAUCCCAAGCUACCUGUGUCCCAGAGAGCACCCCCCAAGGAACAAGCAGGUCCCCCAUAGCUAUGGAGGAGGAAAGUCCUGUGGCCAGCGCAGACUGGAGCCCCUGGUCUGGUAUUUGCAUCAGUCAGGGAGCAGAGGGGAGCGGUGCUUUGCUGGGGGAAAUGGAAGGUACAAGCGGCUGUACUGACACACAAGCAGCUGCUGCUAUGGACAGUGACCCCCAGCUGAGGGAGAAAGCAGGUACCAGCUGCACUGCUGUAAUGGAGGCCGGCCAUGUGCUUGGGAAGGAGGACUCCAUUUUGGAAGCAGAGACAGGCUUGUGUACAGCAAAGGGGAAGCUCCGCCCACCCAGCAAGAACUGCAGAAAGUCCAGCAGAGACAGUGAGAAAGGAAAGAUUCCAGCAAAGAAUCAGGGAACCCCCCCACAAAUGGCACCGACUGCUGUUGCUUCAGCAGAGGGAGGAAUGGAGGCAAGCAUGGACUGUGGCUACCUGGCAGAGACUGUGGCUUUACAGGUGCUGGAGGAGAAAUCUGCAGCUAAAAUCACGGAGGAGGAGGUAAAGUUGGCGAUAGAGAGUCUGCAGAAUAAGAAAGCUCCAGGUCCGGAUGGCUUAACAUCAGAAUUCUAUAAGACCUUUAAAGAUCUGUUGGCUCCGGCACUUGUUGAGGUGUUUAACAAUUGUUUAGAGGAAGAUGACCUCCCGCCAUCUAUGCAGUUUUCCUCUUUGAUUUUGCAUUAGACUCAUACGCCAGAGACACCAUGGACGUGCUUAAUCAGAUUAGUGAGAUACAAACAGAUAGCAACACCCUUCUAAUCACCCUGGAUGUAGAAUCCCUUUACACCUCUAUUAGCCAUCAGCUGGGGUUGGAAGCUCUAAAAUACUUUUUGUACAGCUAUUUAGGUGAAUCUGAUGAAACCAGCUUUUUAAUUAAAAUGAUGGGGUUCAUCUUACAUUUUAAUUAUUUUACAUUCCAAGGGAAAUUCUAUCUGCAAACCCAGGGGACCGCCAUGGGAACUUCCUGCGCUCCCUCGUAUGCCAACCUUUUUUUGGGGCAUUGGGAGGAGACCGUUGUGAACAGUCAAAUGUUCAAAAAUUACCACAAUAAGAUUUUAAGAUGGAUACGCUAUAUUGAUGAUAUCCUGAUACUAUGGUCUGGCACGGAACAGGAAGCUCUGGAAUUUAUAGACAAGCUUAAUAUUAAUAAACUUAAUAUCAAACUGACUGUGAAUAUCUCUAAACAAAUGGUUUCCUUCCUGGACCUAUCAAUUAUGAUAACAGAGGAGGGCAAAUUGACUACUGACAACUACAGAAAAGAGACAGCCACUAAUUCCUUGCUAAGUUUCUCUAGUCAUCAUCCGUAUUCUGUGAAAAAAUCACUCCCUAUAGGGGAAUUUUUAAGACUAAAACGGAACUGUUCCUCUCAUGUUCUCUUUAAAGAACAAGCGGUACUACUUAAAAACAGAUUAAAACAAAGGGGAUACUCCGGUAAACUCAUAAAGAGAGCUUAUCAUAGAGCUUUAGGGACUGAAAGAGAACAAUUGCUCCAUCCAAAGACUAGGUCUCAGCAAGAUAACACGGUCAGGUUUAUAACUACAUAUAACUCUAACAGCAAGAAAAUUAAUCAAAUUAUUAAUAAACACUGGUCGGUUUUGAAAGAAGACACGGUUCUAGAUACUGUUCUACAAGAUACAGUUUCUGUAUGCUACAGACGUAGCCCUAAUCUGAAAGACCUACUAUCGAGAAGUCACUUCCAGACACCCAGCAGACCCAAUAUCAUUAAGGGCUGCUUCCCCUGUAGAAAUUGCAAUAUGUGUGAUCACAUGAUCAAAAGCACAAAAUUCAGUGAUAGAUUUAACAUUAAUCAUACAAUCAAGGAUUACAUCAAUUGCAGAACCAAGGGAGUAAUUUAUGUACUGGAGUGCCCUUGUAAGAAACAAUACGUUGGGAUGACAACACAGAUGCUCAAACUCAGAAUACAACAACACUGCAGUUCAAUCAGAAAUGCGGAUAAAAUAGGUAAAUCAGAUAAAAUAUUAUCCACAGUUGCAAGUCAUUUCAAACAAUAUCACAAUAUGAACCCCUCCAAUGUUAAAUUUUGGGCUAUAGAACAGAUCCAAUUGGGAAUCAGAGGGGGUGAUCUGGAACAAGAAUUACUCAAACGGGAAACACAUUGGAUUUUCAAAUUAAAUUCAGUUUCACCCAAUGGGAUCAAUGAAAAUAUACUAUUUAAUGCUUUUCUUUAAUAAACAUGAUUCAGGUAUUUGGUCUAACAUAUCAAAUCCUUCUAAUAGUAGACACUAUUCUAAUAAACAUGAUUCAGGUAUUUGGUUUAACAUAUCAAUUCCUUCUAAUAGUAGACACUAUUCCACUAACAUUUUAUUUAAAUAAUCUUGGUAAUAAAUAAUAAUAAGUUUUACUAACAUCUCUUCCUCAAUAAAUACCGGUGGUUGUUAUAGAUACCAGUGAGUUAUAUAUUGAUUUAACCAAAUACAUCUGAAAUGUGACCGUCGCUUAGCAACGAUACACACAUAUCUUCCCCAAUGUAACUCUCGCGAGAUCUCAUCGCGAGAUCUCAUUUCCAAGUAUUGCGAGAUCUCAUCGUGAGAUCCCAUUUCCAAGUAUCGCGAGAUCUCAUCGUGAGAUCCCAUUUCCAAGUAUCGCGAGACCUCAUCGCGAGAUCUCAUUUUCAAGUAUCGCGAGAUUUUGUAUUCAGGAAGUGAUAAAGAUACCACACUAAACAAGUCACUUUUAGAUUUUGCCUUGACAAAGCCAGCAGGCGAAACACGUGUUGGCACACUGGGAAGCGCUUUUUGUG